AUGCGAAAAGGUGUACGCCAAGUGCAUAAAAUUUUACAUGGAAAUUCUCAUGAGCAUAUUUCAUUAGCACCAACAAUUUCAGCUGCUGGAUCAUAUAUACCAUCUUUGAUUAUUUAUAAAGGAUACAUGCAUGAAGAACUUUUUCAAAUGUAUAUUAAUCAUUUUAUUAAUUCAAUUUCGUCUAUUCGUCCAGUUUUAUUAAUAUUGGAUGGUCAUAAAAGCCAUAUUAACUAUAUAAGUGUUGAUUUUUGUUGUCAAAAUGAAUAUAGUAAAUCAUGUGAUAGGUAUAGCAAUAAUAAUAAUGGUAUGAUAGUAAAAAAGCAUACCUUUGCGAAAGUUUUUGGACCUGCUUUUCUUGAAACUUAUACUCCAUUAGCAAUCUGUAAUACUUAUAAGGCAACCAGAAUAUGGCCAUUUAAUCCUAAUGCAAUUAGUCCAGAUCAGUUAGACCCUUCGUUAACAACUGAACAAUUUAAUUAUUCAGAGCAAUCAGCUGAAUUAAUUUUAGCAUUUCGACUAUCUUACCAACCAAAUCCUAUAAAAUUGAAUGUUAAAAAGUUAUAUGAUGAAAAUAUAAAGCUUAAAAAUGAAAACAAAUUAUUAAAAGAGAAACUGGAUACCUACAAAAAUCCUGAAAUAUGUAACUUAUGCUUGGCUUUUAAAUAUCCAGUUUCUCGUAAUGUGCAAGCUAAUAAUUUUCAAGAGCCUUCUAAAAACCAACUUGAAAUUCCAGAUUUUCCUUUACUUCCUCCUAAGAAAAAAAGAAAAAUACUUUCCUUUGCUCGACUUCUUACAAACGAAGAAACAGCUGAAAAGAAAGCUGCACAAAAACUUAACUUAGCACAAACAUUAGAAAAAAGGCAGAAAAAGGCUCAAUUGAAAAAUAAAAAAUAA